CGACGUGCUCGCCCUCCCCAUCUUCAAACAGGAGGAGUCCAACUUGCCUCCAGAAAACGAAAACAAGAUCCUUCCCUUUCAGUAUGUUCUGUGUGCACCUACCUCGCCAGCCAUUAAACUGCAUGAUGAAACACUCACCUACCUCAACCAAGGGCAGUCCUAUGAAAUUCGAAUGCUUGACAAUCGGAAAAUUGGGGAACUUCCAGAAAUCACUGGUAAAAUGGUCAAGAGCAUAAUUCGUGUGGUGUUUCAUGACCGGCGGCUUCAGUACACAGAGCACCAGCAGCUGGAGGGCUGGAGAUGGAACAGACCUGGGGAUCGAAUCCUCGACUUGGAUAUCCCCAUGUCAGUGGGCAUAAUCGACCCCAGGGCUAACCCCACUCAGCUUAACACUGUGGAGUUCCUUUGGGACCCCUCAAAGAGAACCUCUGUUUUUAUCCAGGUUCACUGCAUCAGCACAGAGUUCACCAUGCGAAAGCACGGAGGAGAGAAGGGUGUCCCAUUCCGCAUCCAGAUUGACACUUUUAAAGAGAACGAGAAUGAAGAGUACACAGAGCAUCUCCACUCAGCCUCCUGCCAGGUCAAAGUCUUCAAGCCCAAAGGUGCAGACAGGAAACAGAAGACAGACCGUGAGAAGAUGGAGAAAAGGGCACCACAGGAAAAGGAAAAGUACCAGCCCUCUUAUGAAACUACAAUUCUGACAGAGUGCUCUCCAUGGCCUGAGRUUACGUAUGUCAACAACUCUCCAUCUCCUGGUUUCAAUAACACACAACACAGCUUUCCAGUUGCUGAGGGAAAUGGAUCACCAAACCACCAGCCUGAGCCUGUCGUUCAGGUAGCAGAUAACUUGUUGCCCACAGCGACACCACAGGACGCUCAGCAGUGGCUUCUCAGAAAUCGCUUCUCACCGUUCUGUCGUCUCUUCACCAACUUCUCUGGGUCAGACCUGUUGAAGCUGACCAGGGAGGAUGUUAUUCAGAUCUGUGGUCCUGCAGAUGGUAUAAGACUCUUCAAUGCACUAAAAGGACGGUUGGUUCGUCCGAGGCUGACUAUCUAUGUUUGCCAGGAGUCUCAGCAGGUCCGAGAGCACCCACCAAAACAUGAAAAUGGAGAUGCUGCUGCGAGUACGUUCUUUGUGUAUCACGCUAUUUACCUGGAGGAGCUCACAGCUGUUGAGCUCACAGAGAAACUCGCCCAGCUCUUCAACAUCUCACCCAGACAGAUAAAUCAGAUCUUUAAACAGGGUCCUACUGGCAUCCAUGUGCUGAUCAGUGACGAGAUGAUCCAGAACUUCCAGGAUGAAGUGUGUUUUGUUUUGGACACAAUGAAAGAUGACACAAGUGAUGGGUAUCAUAUCAUCUUAAAGUGAAAACCUGGCCCAAGAGUAUUUUCUUAUAUAGACCCAAUCCAGUCUGCCACCACUAUCUUCAUACUGCUCGCUGAUUUAGGAAUAUGUGAAGACUGUCUGAGUAAACCCUGCUGUGGCAGCUAGGAGGAACAUGGGACUAAUGCACCUUGGCCCCUCUCCCCACUAAACCCCACUGUCUUAAUUCAAAGGAAACAACCACACCAUGGUGAAGUUACAGUCUCCUUUUUGUUCGGCCAUCGUCUCCCAUUAGCCUUUGCGUUUUUUCUCUGUUGCUCACGCCUCAAUGUCAUGAUGGGUGCUGCUGUUGUCAGUUUAGUAUUUGGUGUGUCACAGCUUUGUGCUUUUCAGCUGGCUUCUUGUUGUGCAAACAAUCAAACAAUUUAAAAAAACAUAAAAAGUUGAGACGGUUUUAUCAACAGCACUUGAACUCUCUGUUUGCAAUUCAGAGUUGUGUGUUGGGUUGCCUUACACAAUUAAAGCCAGUCUGCAAGAAACCCAUUAUCAUUAAUACUGUCACAGAAAUACACAUAAAAACUCAAUAACCAUCUAAAUGCAUCAGAACAAUGAGAUGAAACUAGGUUCUGGAAACUAGCUGUUUUUGAAACACUUCAGGUUUCUUUGUUACACAAAUACGUUUUGGACCCUUCAUUGAAACAAAUAAAAGAAACUAGCACAUGUGAGCAUCUUCAAAUAUGACAAAUAAUAUUUGUGUUAUUGGUGGUUGAUCGAUGUGCUUCCCACACCUGUCAGCUUAUUUAGCACAUCAACAUCUCAGUACGUUUGUUUUUAGCCAUUAUUUCCUCAUCGAUUAUAAGCAAUUUGUUUAUUUUUUUAUAAAUUUCUUUAAUAUCUCGUCAUCGUUGUUUUUAGACAUAUUACGAAAAACUGUCAUUUUGAUUCUGUGUAAAAACUAGUUAAUGUUCAGCUCUUUGUACAUGAAAUGCUCAAUAAUUUAGGUGUCAGUUUUUGCUCCAUAUCACCAUCAACAUUAUUAAAAAAACGUAUCAAUGUAA